GUGGACACCAAACACUCAUGCUGAGAGGGUAGAAUAAAGAGUGCAAUACAGAAUUAGGGACGGCAAUAGCCGAUCAUAUUCUGGUGUUUCAUACUAUUUUUUUUUAUUUUCCAAAAAAACAAAAUAAAAAUUUUUUAUUUGUUAUUAUUAUUAUUAUUAUUAUUAUUAUUAUUAUAUUCUAUUUUAUUAUUAUUAUUAUUAUUAUUAUUAUUGAUUUUUACUUUAUUCAUUUUAUUUUAUUUUAUUUUAUUCUAUUCUAUUUUUUUUAUUUGUUUUAUUUUUCAACGUUUUCUCCGCCAGGUCCCCUCCCCCCCUCCUCCUGUUUCCUCCCACUCCGCCUGGUUCGGGAUUCAAUGCCAACCACAUUUUCCGGGAGCCACUGCCGAGAAGGAUCUCAAGCUCAAGCGUAUCCAGUGCCUGAUUCUGACUACCCCCCGGUCUCCCUUCCUUCCGAUAUACUUUCCUCUUCUCCCGCCUUUCUACCCUCUGAUCUCUCCUCCUCCUCCUCCUCCUCCUCACCUACUAUCGCCACUACGAAUCCCACCACCUCCUCUUCUACUGCCGCGACGACGACGACGACAACGACGACGAAGACGACGACAACUACUCCUCCUCCCCCCCCUACCAUCGUCACGGCGACCACCACCCAGACCCCUUCUCUCCCUGUCACCACCUUCCAGGGUUCUGUCAUCGGCUCUAUUAGAGGAAAUCGCCGCUCCUUCGCCGCUCUUGCCCGAGAGAAGACCACCAGUGCCUUUGCCAGUCUUUCCGCCAUUGGAGGUACCGCCAACGCUUCACUCCGCGCCUCGGCUUCCUACAGUGUGCUUGGUUCCAAGCAGCAUUCAUACAAGAACAGCAUCAGCGACUUUGUUUCCUCUUCCCUCGCUCCCGACCACCACUACCACCACCAUCAUCCGGAUAGCUCCCUCCACCCGUCGCAGGACAUCCUCGAUUCUCUGCCUGCCCUUGGCUCGCGAACCCCAACUUUCGAAAGGCGUCGCCAUACUCUCCAGCGAAUACCAUCAUACAUGACGGAAAAUCCGUUCGCCGACCCUGCGGACUCUGCCGCCGCCGCCGCCGCCGCCAAGUCGGGGCCAAAGAUGCAUCAGACUUCGUCGCGCUUACUGCGCAUGACAGAAGAUGAGCGUCCAUUCACAAAGGAUUUUAUGGACUUGUUCUCAACGUUGAUGGUCAGCUUGCGGUUGGAUGCCCACCGUAUACGCUUCACCCGCUACGAUCACACCUUCACGUCCGAGGAGGCGAUCAACAACCUGGGCUCACUCAAAUUCUCCCAGUCGAACCGCAUGCCCGACCCCAAGGACCCGUCCCGAAUCGUCACGACGACGACCACAACCACCUUUUCCAUGGCCAAGGAGAUGGCCCGCUCCGUCUGCCAGCGCUUCGUUGACGCCCGUUUCAUCGAGCCCGUCGACGGCCGACCGGUCGCCAUGUUCCCCAUGAAGGGCGCCCUGUUCCAGCUGACCCCCAAGGGCAUCAACAUCCUGCAGCGCUUCUGCCAGCGCAACGGCAUCACCGCGCGCCACGUGAUGGACGUGCUCGAGUCACCCCGUAACACCAUGCAGCUGGUCAACCUGGAGCGGGAUCUGGAGACGGACAAGCUGUCACACGACCGCGCCACCAUCGAGGUGAUCUUCCGGCGCUUCGCCGGCCAGGACGGCCCCAACAUCAAGAGCAGCAUCUCCAGCUCCGACUCGGACUCCCUGAGUGACUACACCAACGGCUUGGUCGGUGUCAAGAUGGCCCGGGAACGCAAGAUCGGCGACAAGAUGUUCCCCAACACCUUCACGGGUAAAGCCGCCGCCGACUGGCUGAUGGACUGCUCCACCACCAUCGAGCGCCGCGAAACCUCCCUGAUCGCCGAGCUGUUCGUCAAGUAUGGCUUGAUCUCGAUGUUGCAGGACGACAAGGCCUACCCGCAAGGCGACUCCAACACCGCCACCUUCCAGCCGUCCAAGUACGCCAUCUACACCAUCUCCGACCGUGGUCAGCGAGUCUGCGGCUGGAUUGCCCGUGACAAGCAGAAGGACAUGCCCGCCUUCGAUCGCGGCAUCCCUCGGGACUCCAACAACGCCCGCCUGACGCACAUCCUCCAGGAUCCGGCUCUACGCUUGCUCUUCCGCGAGUUCCUGCGCUACUCUCUCUGCGAGGAGAAUCUUUCCUUCUACGUCGAUGUCUCGGAGUUUACCGCCAACUACCACAAGGCCGAAAAGAUGGGUACUUUCAAACGGGUCGAUGCCGUUCGCGAGACCUUGGCCGCUGCCUAUGGCCUCUAUAAUGCUUUCUUGGCCCCUGGCUCGCCGUGUGAACUCAAUAUCGACCAUGCCCUGCGCAACAGUCUGGCCAGCCGCAUGACCAAGGCCGUUGGAGACGACGAAUCAAUGCUUAAAAGCUUACAGGAGGUGGUACAUCUCUUUGAGCUUGCCCAGACCUCGGUCUUCAAGCUGAUGUCGAGUGACUCCAUCCCCAAGUUCCUUCGCGAUCCCAAAUACGCCAGUGUCGUCCAAGAACACGAUUUGGAUACGAUAGGCAACCCGCGCUCUUUCUCUCCCACACCCGUUCCGAUCCCUGAACGUUCCAUGAGCCGCUCCAACCGAUCAUGAUGACAGGUGUAUCAUCAGAACAUCACUCGAUCCUCCCCGUCCCGCCGAAAGAAGAAAAAAACAAACAUGUCACUUGACAUCCAAAACUAAC